AUGACUGUUGAAAGCACUAACUCUAGCAAACAAACCGACACUGUGAAGGAGGAGAAAACCAGCAGUGUCGAGGACCAAAAGAUCGAAAAUGCAUUGAAAGAUCAAACCAAGAAAAGAAAAGCUGACGACGAAAUUGAGAUUGACUUGGACCAGACGGUUCCUUUAUCCAAGAAGCAAAAGAGAUUACUGCGGAGAGGCAAGGUCACGCUGGAAGAAUUGAAUGACAAAUUCAACUUAGACCCUUCAUCUGUGAAGGAGUACAAGAAAGAGGUGGCUGGGAAGUCGGAAGGCGAUAAAGAAGACUCAGACAACGCAGAAGACAGUGAAAAGUCUAGCAGUCAGGACUCGAAAUCUAAGAAAGACAAGAAAUUCGGAGUGUGGAUUGGAAACCUCACCUUUGACACUUCGAAGGAAGAUUUGUGUCGCUUUUUCAUCGCCAAAACCCGAGAGUUAGAUGACGAAGAGUCGAGGAUCGAACAAAAGGAUAUAGUUAGGAUCAACAUGCCACUAGUGCAAAAUGACGGGAAGCGUAUCAAAAACAAGGGAUUUGCUCAUAUGAAUUUCCAAACCGAAAAGCAAAUGGAAGCUGUGAUCGCACUAAGCGAGUCACACCUUAACGGCAGAAACAUGCUAAUUAAAAGCUCACAGUCAUUUGAAGGACGUCCUGACAAAGAUGACUUGAUUUCUCUAUCAAAGAAUCCCCCAUCCCGUAUCCUCUUUGUUGGAAACUUAUCGUUUGACACCUCAGACGAGUUACUAAAAAAACAUUUCCAACACUGUGGCGAAAUAGUAAAGAUCAGAAUGGCUACCUUCCAGGAUACUGGCAAAUGCAAAGGCUUUGCCUUCGUGGAUUUCAAGAACGAAGAAGGCCCAACAGCGGCGCUAAAGGACAAGAGCUGUCGUAAGAUAGCAGGCCGUCCAUUAAGAAUGGAAUUCGGGGAGGACAGAAGCAAGCGUCAAGUGAAGAGAAGAGAUCCUUCUGCCCAAGACUCGCGUCCUACUGAGCCGUCACUGCGCGAACAGAUUGUGCCUUCCGCAGAAACUUCCGCUCCAGCAGCUCCACCAAUUAGAGAGAGAAAACCUGUCAAGAAAUUCAGAGAACCUUCUUUUAAAGACAAAAAUAAUCGUCUUAAGAGUAGUGUUGCGCUGGCCGGCGCUCAAAGGGCCUCUGCAGCCAUCGUACCAUCGAAGGGUAAAAAGACCACAUUUUAG